AUGGAUCCAGUGCAGUCUGCAGUCGCGCUCACUGUCCGGGAAGCACUUCACACCCUUUCCUCUUCUGAGGAUGGCGGCCACCUCCUUUCCACCCUGGGGGCCCUGAAGCGGUAUCUCAGUGGAGCGGAGAACGCAGCCCUUCCCGGGGAGCAGGAGGAGUUUGCCAGGAUGCACUUUUCCGCCGUUCUCCGAUGUCUAGUGGGCAGGCUGAGCCCAGGCUGGCUGGAGCUUCUGCCCGACGGCCAGUUGGAGGACCUGUGGGCCAGCUUCUUCCUGGAGGGCCCUGCUGACCAAGCCUUCCUGGUGCUGAUGGAGUCCAUCGAGGGUGCUGCUGGCCCGAGCUUCCGUCUGAUGAAGAUGGCGCAGCUGCUGGCCAGGUUCCUGAGUGCGGGCAGGAUGGCUGCGGUGAUGGAGGGCCAGUGUCGGCAGCUGACGGAGCCGGCCUUCCGCCUGCUCCAGGAGACGCUCCUCACCAAGGUGGUGGGCUUGCCCGACCACCUAGGUAACCGUCUGCAGCGGGAGAACCUGGAAGCAUUCCUCCCCCAGAAUUACUUCCCUCUGCUCGGCGAGGAGAUCAUGCGGGUGCUGCAGGCGGUGGUGGACUCUCUCCGAGGUGGCUGGGACUGCUCCGUCUCCUUCCUGUCUCAGGUGCUCGGGAAGGCCUGUGUCCACGGCAGACAGAAGGAGAUCUUGGGCGUGCUGGUGCCGCGGCUGACGGUGCUCACCCAGGGCAGCUGCCUCUGGCGGCGCGUGUGCUGGCGACUGGUGGAGUGUGUGCCUGACCGGGCCACGGAGGCUCUGCUAACGGGACUGGUGGAGGCUGCCUCGGGGCCUGAUGUCCUCUCGCGGCUCCUGGGGAACCUGGUGUUGAAGAGUAAGAAGGCCCAGUUUGUGAUGACCCGAAAAAUUCUGUUCCUACAGUAUCGAUACUCGACGCCCAUGCUACAGAGUCUGCUGGGGUACCUGGCCAUGGACAGCCAGCGGCGCCCGCUCCUCGGACAGGCACUAAAGGAGCUCCUGGAGACGUGGGGCAGCCCCAGUGCCAUCCGCCACGCGCCUUUGCCGCAGCAACGCUACGUCAGCUCGGCCCUGCUCAUCUGCCUGGCGCACCUGCAGGACGCGGAGCUCCAAGACAGCCGGGACGAGCUGCUGGCUAGCCUCAUGGCGGGAGUGAAGACUCGUCUGGACAGCAGCCUGCCCGCCGUGCGCCGCCUGGGCAUGAUUGUGGCCGGAGUAGCCAGUGCCCGGAUCCACCCUGACGGGCCUCCCCUGAAGUUCCAGUACGAAGAGGAUGAGCUGAGCCGCGAGCUGCUGGCCCUGGCGGCGCCCCCGCCUGUGGCUGACAGCCCCUCGAAGGCGGAGGCAAGCUUAUGUGGGGCCUCCUCGAAGGGCUCCUUCUUUGUUCUCCAAAGCCCGGCUGCAGAGACCCCUGACAGAGGGAGCGUGGACAGUGGUGUCCCCCAGGCCCAGCCGGAGGGCUCGGGCUCUGACCUGGACAGUGACGAUGAGCUUGUCCCCUAUGACAUGUCGGGGGACCAAGAGCUGAAGAGUGGGAAGGCACCUGCCUACGUACGGGACUGUGUGGAAGCCCUGACCUCGUCUGAGGACUGGGAGCGCUGGGAAGCAGCCCUGCGAGCCCUCGAGGGGCUGAUCGUCAGGAGCCCAGCUGCCGCCCGUGAGGUGAGCGUGGAGCUGGCCAAGGUGCUCCUGCACCUGGAGGAGAAGACGAGCGUGGUGGGGUUUGAGGGGCUGCGCCAGCGAGCCCUGGUGGCUGUCGUGGUCACAGACCCGGCCCCGGUCGCAGAAUAUCUGACCUCACAAUUCUACGCUCUCAACUUCAGCCUCCGGCAGCGCAUAGACAUCCUGGACGUCCUGACUCUGGCUGCCCAGGAGCUGUCUCGGCCUGGGCGCCUCCCCAAGGCUCCCCAGUGUGGCUCCCCGAGUCCCGCCUCCCAGCCCAGCAGCACCCAGGCUCCCGCCUGGCGGGCGGUCGUGCAGGAGCGGAUCAGAAGCAAAACCCGGCGGUUCUCUCAGCGCUCUCCCAGGCGGGGGCCGGAUGCUGGCCCCAACGAAUUCAACUUGGUGGCUGGCUACUUCUUCUUCCCUCUCAUUCGGCACUUUGACAGGCCUCUGGUGACCUUUGACCUUUUGGGAGAGGACCAACUGGUUCUUGGGAGAUUGGUCCACACCUUAGGGGCCCUGAUGUACCUGGCUGUGAACACCACGGUGGCUGUGGCCAUGGGCAAGGCCCUCUUGGAGUUUGUGUGGACCCUUCGCUUCCAUGGUGACGCCUAUGUGCGCCGGGGCCUGCUGUCCGCGGUCUCCUCUGUCCUGCUCAGCGUUCCGGCCGAGCGACUGCUGGCCGACCUGCCCGAUGAGCUGCUGGAAGCCCGGCCCUGGCUGGCCGAUGUGGCAGAGCAGGACCCCGACGAGGAUUGCAGGGUGUUGGCGGUGAAAGCGCUCCUGCUUCUGGAGAAGCUCAGAGACACACUCAUCCCGCUGUCAUCUCCUUAG